AUGAAAGAUUUCGAAAUUCUUGAGUUACUCAAUGAUCGCAUGUCAAUCGUUCAUAAGAGAGAGCCCAAGUUGAUUAUCGUGACUGGUGCGAUCGCGGUGGGAAAAACAACCUUCGCACGAGCUCUUCUUGAUUAUCUUAUCGAACGAGGACACCGUGUAAUGUUACGUACGGAGAUAGCGCGAACACUCGAGGAUGAGUUUAAAUUAUAUCAGGGUGAUUCGACUAAACACGCAUUUUUCUUUCAGUACGCGAUGGUUCAAGCUUAUCAUCUCGAAAUGAAGGAAAUUGGAAAACUGGGACGAGAUUAUGAUUAUAUUAUUCUCGACAGAACUCAUAUUGACACCAUUCCAUUCACGAGUGCUAUGAUUCCUGAUGAAGAUGGUGAAAUUUUGAGGAUUCUUGAUAAAAAAUUGAGUGAAAUCAAAUUUCCAUUCGAUAUUGCAAAGGUUAUAUAUUUGAAACCAUCUUGUGAUAAUAUGUUAAGACGUUAUGAGAUUCGUAAAUUGGAUGCACAGGUGAAUAAGGUUGAUGGCAUUGAUGAAAAUUGUAGUGAUGAAUAUCUUAGUAUGAUUUACGAUUACUAUGAUUUAUGCAUGGAUAACAUGUAUCCAAGUUAUACGAGAGUUAUAAACGAUAAUGAAGGAUAUGAUGAAAUUUUAAAUCAACUCUUCGUUUAA